AUGACAUCUCCUAAACGGAAGAAGAUAAAAGAAAGCAAGAGUGAUAAUGAUAUAGAAACGGUUAUCAAUAAAAUACUCUUGGAGGAUUGUGAUUUAGAUGUAGCCAUCCUUCUAAGGUUUCGAAAUCACCUACAACACUCGAAAGAUAACGAACUAGAAGUUCAAUCAGUAAAAUUGAAAAUUGAGCAAAGGGUCAUUACUCGUUUGCUUUGUCAAUAUGAGGCGAUGGAAUCAGAGAAGGACAAAGCGAUUUUUGAUAUCCUUUUUUUGCUCGAAAAGUUGUAUCAAAUAAGCUUGCGACCUUUUUUUCCGAUGGUAUGGGGAAACCGAGCAAAAGACAAUUAUGAGAAAUUACGCCAGUUGGGACAAAUUCUGCACACAAAACUCACGGCAGACCAGGUUCUAGAUUAUUUAAAUCCCAAACUAAUGUGGAAUACAUUGCUGAAGUCCGAACAAACCACCAGCAUUAAAAUACCUGAGAAGGAUUCUUCAAAUCAGUUUUAUGAUGCCCGUUUUAUACUUCGUUUGCUGGCAACCUUGAUAGAUGACGACGGCGCAAAGAUGAACAGUCGAAAAUUUAUUGAUGUAAAUGCUCUUUCACUUGCGUUUGCAGCAACGAGUUUUGUUAGCCGGAGUGAGCGCUGUAUCGCAUACUUCAUUCUUAGACGUUUUCUGCUUCACUUAACAGAGUUGGAUGCAGAUUCAUUCCCGGAAAAGUGCCUUUAUAUCUAUCUGUUGCAAAUAUUCAAAAACAGUAUCGAAAAUCCAAUUCAACGAUUACCACACGUUGUUGCACAUUUUUUCGCGAGAGUGACCAAAUUGAUUUUACAUCCUGAAGAUCCUGUCUAUCAGCCAGUGCUAUCGUUCCUGCUGCUUAAACCAAAUAUUGAUAUCCAAAAUGUUCCGGAAAUUUACAAAUUGCAUCGAUCAUUAGCUAAUGAUCUGUAUGUUCGGCAGAAUCUGCAUUCCUGGAUUGUUUUGACUUUGCAGAACACAAUGAUAACUAGAUGGGAACGCGUAUUUCUCUGUCAGUUAUUUGUUAUGCUUGUCACGCAUGUUAAAGACCUUUAUUGUAAUUCAAAUCAUGACUCCAUGGACGCUAAUUGGCGUAAAACUAUGGUGUACAAAACAUGCCAAAUGCUGGGAAAUAAAGUGUGUGAUGAGCUAGAAAAACAAAAUGAUGAUGCGAAAAGUACGUGGUUGCCGAAACUAAAACAGCUGUUGUGUAAGGAUAGUUGGGCGGGGUCUAUGGAGGCGUGCGAUAUUCGGAAUUGA